AUGAGAUUCGGUUACUUACCUGAGACCGAUUUGGAGACAGGAAACUUGCGAAUGGAAGGCCAACUCAGGGAUGCUAUCAAAAAUCUUCAGAAAUUUGGUGGCAUUCCCGUGACGGGGGAGAUUGAUGAGGCAACAAAGAAGUUAAUGAAGGCUAGGAGAUGCGGAGUAUCGGAUCAUCCGGAUCCCAGAUUUGCCAAGACAAGGCAUAAGCGUUUCACCAUCCAUGGACAACAAUGGCCGUAUCGAAAUCUUACCUGGAGGUAA